CCGAAUCUCGCGAGAGUUUAAACCGUUUAGGACCAACAUGGCAAACGUCAAACGGGAAACGGCCACAUUUCCUUGAUUAUAUCUGGUAUUUACCGCGACCAGGAAGUUUUUCAGCAACAGAAAGAAUCGUGGUACUUCAUCGGGAGGUUAGUUAACAAUCUAAGGUCCUUGUGGCCGGUGGAGGCCCGUAGAUACGCCCUUUUCUGACCGAUAUCGCGAUCGCCCCACCCACCCACCGCACCGGUGUCUUGUCGUCUGCUCGUGUACGUAAAUCCCGACUUGAGACUUGUACAAGACUCCUUGCAAGAACCACCGUUCGCCGCCAGUGGAAGUUAUGUCACCACGACUUCGUCUGAGAUACAGGAGAUUUUACCCCAGGGUGUGAUUCGUUUGUGAAACAUUCACAACUGUCUUACGGAUACAGGAUACCCAGCUGACUAUUAUUUUAUUGAAAAUCGGAUGUAAACAUUCAUAAUGGAUCCGUCCGGGCCGGUACAGCAACUUCUCUCACAGGGGGAAAAAUGCGUCUCAGCGGCGGAUGCAUACCUGGUGCAGGGUAGGGCGAGGGUUAGCAGAGUGGCAGCUCUGGUCGAGACAGAGACUGCCUUUGGCCCAAACUUUGGGUUCUUUAUGUUUGGGACCAAGCGCAUGCCUGUCCAGGGUUCAGACUUGACCUUGGUGACGGUCAUUCCUGUCAAGGAGGACUUUGCUGUGGAAGUCAUUGAUGACCCAUCUCAAGACCUGCUCGGAUCAGACGUACCAGUAAAGGUGUGUGGAAGUGGGCAGGUGCUGACGUUGAAUUUGCCUUUUGGCUCCAAGUCUGGGAACUUCCUCACAGCACUGAGGAGAGCCAUUAGUAUCUACACCAGUCAGCCCCCAGCAGAGGUGUUCCAGCCCUUUGCUUGGCUAGAGAAGUACGAGCUGAUGACAGCCACAGCCGACCGUUCAGACUGGCCUUGGAGCGGUACUGGACUGGAUGCCAUGGCUGCAGAGAUAGUGACAGAGGGGUUUGAGGACAACUUUGCCGACAGCCUGUCGUUUGAUGAUGCCGCAUCACUUGCAUCACAGCAGGACUUAGGAGACUCUGAGGCAGACGGAAGCGGUUUGGAGCCGGUUAACGUUUCGCGAGGAGGCUCAGCCAGCACCAUGGGGUCCAUGAUGGCCAACCCGCCAUCCGUCAGGGAACCCAUCGUCAAGAUGUACAUGCUCAAGGAGGAGGCCAAGUACACGCAUCUCAAGACGUUCAGAAUAUUUGCCGGGACGUGGAAUGUUAACGGCCAGCCUGCCACAGAAAGCCUGAAGGCCUGGCUAGCUAAAGACUCCACACCACCAGACCUCUAUGCUGUAGGUUUUCAGGAGCUGGACCUUAGUAAAGAGGCGUUCGUAUUUAACGACUCUGCCAGGGAAGAGGAGUGGGUGAAAGCUGUCACACAUGGGCUGCACCCGGAGGCAAGCUACAGACGGGUACGGCUGAUCCGAUUGGUGGGAAUGAUGCUGCUGGUGUUUGUCAGAAGCGAGCACAACAAGUUCUUAUCUCAGAUUGAGGCUCAGACGGUGGGAACAGGCAUCAUGGGAAAAAUGGGAAACAAAGGAGGAGUGGCAAUCAGGUUUGACUUCCACAACACCAGCUUCUGCAUCGUCAACUCCCACCUGGCCGCUCACACUGAACACUACGAGAGACGCAACCAGGACUACAGCGACAUCUGCGCCCGCAUGCAGUUCAACCUCACGCAACCACCACUGACUAUACACAAGCACAAUGUUGUGUUGUGGGUAGGGGACCUGAACUACAGACUUAGUGACAUUGAGAUCAGCGAAGUGAAGGCGCUGAUUGAGAAGGAGAUGUUCUGGGCCCUGAUGGAGCAUGACCAGCUCAAAAGACAGAUGAAUGAGAGGAGCGUAUUCAAAGACUUCAAGGAAGCAUCCGUCAACUUCAUUCCAACCUACAAGUACGACCCCGGCACAGACGACUGGGAUACAAGUGAGAAGUGCCGAGUGCCGGCCUGGUGUGACCGUGUCCUCUGCAAGGGUGACAGUGUGUCUGCGGUGGAGUACAGGUCUCACAGGGAACUCAAACUCAGCGACCAUAAACCCGUCUCCUGUCUCUUCGACAUCGGGGUAAAAGUCAUUGAUGAAGACAACUACAAGAGGGUGUUUGAGGAGGUUAUCAGGAAACUGGACAAGCUGGAGAAUGAGUUCCUCCCGUCUGUGUCACUCAGCUGUGUGGAUUUGAAGUUUGAACGCAUCAAGUUCCUGGAGCCCCAGAAGAAAACCAUCAGCAUCACCAACACUGGGCAGGUUCCCUGCCAGUUUGAGUUUAUCUGUAAGUUGGAUGAAAAGGAAUACUGUAAGCCAUGGCUGAAUGUUCAGCCGUCCCUGGGGUUCAUCAUGCCAGGUGACAGCUACCCUAUAGAGUUAGAAAUCUAUGUCGACAAGAACACGGCGGGCAGGCUGAACUCAGGUGAGGACAGUCUUGAAGACAUCUUAGUUCUGCACCUUGAUGGCGGGAAGGACUACUUCGUGACCGUCCAAGGAGACUUCAUCCCCAGCUGCUUCGGUUCGUCCAUCGAGGCGCUGUGCAACAUGAGGGGACCGAUCAGAGAGGUGCCUGUGGCUCGCCUGGUUGACCUGGAGGCUGGCUCCCCCAGUGAGACAUCUCCUGAGGACUCCUUCAGCACCCUGCCAAUCCCCAAGGAGAUCUGGCUUCUGGUGGAUCAUCUCUACAAACAUGCACUGUGCCAGGAGGACUUGUUUCAGCAGCCAGGGCUCCACUCAGAGAUUGAGGAGAUCCGAGACUGUUUGGACACAGGAAUGCCUGAUACCAUACCUGGGCAACCCCACUCGGUGGCGGAAUGUCUUCUGAUGUUUCUGGACAGCCUACCUGAGCCGGUUGUACCACACCAGUAUUACCAGUCAUGUCUGGACUCCUGUACUAGGUUUGAGCUUUGUGAACAGCUGAUGUCUCAGGUCCCGGAACACCACAGGAAUGUCUUCAAGUACCUGACAGCAUUCCUUCGAGAACUUCUGAAGUACCAGGAUGACAACAAGCGGGAUCCCAAGAUGUUAGCCAUGAUUUUCGGUGGCCUGUUGCUGAAACCAAAACCAGACGAGGCCAAGAGACAAAAUAACCAGCAAACAGCCCGUAGGAGGGCAACCUUCAUCUACCAGUUCCAAGUGAACCCGUAUGAUGGUUAAACUGGCCAAUCAGCAACCUGCUGUGGUCUAACUAGCCAAUCAGCAGGAGUCUAGCAGGAAGGUAGCCAAUCAGAAGGACUUUAAGUUGGCAAGCCCUGCUAGCCAAUCAGCUGCUAGUUAAAUGGAAAAACUUGUAGCCAAUCAGCAUGGUGGGUAAAGGGGACCUUAGCCAAUCGGUAAGCUUGUUGAGAGAAUGAGGCUAG